AGCGCAGCGACCUGGAGCUGGCGGCGAUGCGGCGGCGGGGGCUGGGUACGGCCGGGAGUCAGGGCAGCACCAGCCGGUCCCGCUCGCAAUCCACGCAGAAGGCGGACACGCUGCGCCCCAGCACCGCGGAGUCCAAAAAGUCCGCGGGGAGCAUCGGCGACCCCAUGCUGGACGACCCCGCGAUGACGUUUCAGAAGCUCGUCCGGGUCUUCCGCAGGGUGAAGACCGACUACACCUCGCCCGGUGUGUGGGCGGAGGUGCAGACGGCGGACCAGCUGAAACUCCGCUUGAUGGACGUCGGAAAGCAGUUCGCCGGCGUGGCAAACUUGUUUGACCGCGCGUUUUUUCACUUGGCCUGUUACCAGGACCGGUGGCAAGAGUUCGGCGGCUUUUUGAGCUCCGCCGACCCCGAUGCAUUGGACGACGUGGAUCAGCUGAGGCACGCACUGAAACGAGCGCAGGCGAGAGAAAAAGAAUUGGAGGUAUAAUGCGAAUGUGUUUCAAUUUUCUCUGUUUUCUGAUGCAGUUUUAGUUUUUCACCAUUUGUUCUUUCGCAUGACCUCCCAUAAUCCGCUGAGUGCCCUGUGUUUAUGCAUGACAAGUACAAAAAAAAACUGAAAUGCAUAUUUGAUUUCUAUCAGGAUCAACUGGUCGAGUCGAAGAAGCAGACCUUCGACCUGGAACAGCAGCUGCAGGAGGAAAAAUUCAAGUUUGAGCAAGCGGAGCGCGCGAACAAGAAUAUCGUCGAGAUUCGGAAGAAGUUGGAAGACCAAGUGGACGAGUUAGAAAACAAAAUCGCCUAUCUGGAAGACGGCCUACAGAAGAUGGAGUACAGCAAAAUGCAGUCGCAGAAGAAAAUCGUCGAGAAGUGGCGCGAGGGCGCGGCGGCGGCGAACGUGAAGGAUGUGUUUAUGCACUUCACGCGGCAGCUGGAAAAGGACAUUGCGGUGCGGAGGAUAAACGAGCUGAUGGACGCGACGGGCGGGCUGCGGGAGGAAAAUGAAAGGAUGAAAUUAGAGAUCGAAUCGCUGGACAAACAGUUGGAAAAGGCGAAUAAGGGGGUGAAAUUAGCGAACAAACAGCUGACGAAAUUGCGGAAGAUGUGCUACAGCAAAGCGACGUCGAUUCUCUUCCGCUACCAGGGGUCUUUGGAGCUCCCGGACUUGUCGCAGAAGCAGCGGAACGCGCUGAUUUUGCGGCGAGGCUUUUACAACUGGAAGUGGCUGUUGCCGAGCUUGAAAGCGGAGAAUGGAUAUCCAAGAAAAAAACUGUGUUAGUGUAACUUUCUUUGGCUGACAGCAUCGCAAAUUUGCCUUACAUGACAGAGAAAACCUGUCAUGCGUGGCUUCUAAGGGAAAACACACACGGAAAGAGGACUUCAUGGCUGUCUGGCAUGACAGGUGGAACUCUCUUGCAUGCUCUGCAUUACAGAGUUACACUUACACAGUUUUUUUCUCGCAUAACGGACGAUUUUUGUUGAUUGAAGUGCGGCAGAAAUUUGCGGAAGCGGCGUCCGAAGUGCGGCAGUUGCGGAAGGUCAAGGAGGAACUGAUGGAGGCACAGCAUGACUUGAACAAAAAACUCCUCGACCGGGCGGUCGACGGCAUGGUGACGCACAUCGUCGCGGUAAUGAAGACGCGGGUGAAGAUGAAGAAGCAGUUCACCGCGGUGCAAGAGGCCAUGAUGGAGAUGCACGCGCGGGAGAUAGAAAAGAAGAACAUGAAGCUGCAACAAAUGCAGCACGACAUGGACAACGACGUGACGGUGCAGAACGUUGGAAACGAAUUGGAAGAGCUGAAGUGGCAGCUCUCGACGCUCCCCGGCGUGCCGCCCCGGAAGGUGACGCAAAUGGACCCGGCUAAGUGCUGCAUGGCGUGCAAGAAACAGAUCGUGUACCAGGAGUACGUGCACAGCCAGACCAACGAACUGGAAACUAUUUCCGACGUGCCGGGGAAAGCGUACCUCGAGCACCUGGACACACCGUAUCAAAAGUAAAAAUGUCUGGGUCUGGGAACUUGUGAUGCUGGGUGGCGUCUCAUGAUGAGGCUACAAAUGCUAGCUCAGCAUGACAAGUUUCUGAGCUGCUAGGUGUUGCCUAUUCUGCAUGACAAACUGCGCUUCUGCAUCACAGAAAAACGGAGCUCUUGGGUAACGUGCAUGACAGAUUUAAGAGUCAUGCCAAACAAGCAUGACAAAGAUGAACUCUUCCAGACCCAGACAUUUUUACAGCUGAUACACCGCAGACCAAGCCGAAACACUUAGUCCGGGCCAUCUUCCAGCAGCCGAAUGCGGUUCUCGAGGGGAACGACGGCGGGCUGGGCCGGCGGUCCCGCGUUUUGUCCCUGAAGGAGCAGGCGGAGCUCGAGCAGGGGAUUUUCAACCCGAAGGGGGAGGGAGUGUUUGGCACGCGGUUCAACCGGAAAAACGAACUGGACCCGGUGCGACGGAAGGUGUUCGGCGACGACAAAACUGAGGGGUACUACAAAAAGGAGGACGAGGAAGACUCGGCGUCCGAACCCCCCGACUCGGCCCGCGUGCACACGCUCCAGGACCGGGUGGAGGCGAGCAACUACGAUUUCAAUCGAGAAUUGGAACUGAACGAGGACGACCGUGUGUACCGCUACGGCGAGUUAUGGAAGUGCACAAGAACAACCGUGGUCUCGCUUAUUUGUCAUGCAAAAACGCCAGGACAUGAACACUGUUGGCUUGGCAUACCAGAUUGUUCCAGCAGGAAAGACAGUAAGUACUGCAGUACCGCAUGACUUUGUGUUCGUUGCAGGGCCUGCGUCUUUGUUUCUGGCGCUUCUUUGACUUUGUCAUCCCUUGCAAAUGACGGGUCCCAGGGGGUCUUUGUGCACUCUGAUACAAGUUUUAUUCCGGCGGGAAAACGCAGGAGUACCGGGACCUGCUUGGCCUAAGCGAGGCGUUUGACGGUGCUGGUCCACGACCCGGGAGCCGCAGCCGUACACCGUCGCCCCACGAGCGGAAACACAAGCGGAAAGACCACGAGAAAGACCCGUCUAGAAGACCGAAAUCCUCGGACAAGAAGUUGAAAACGCAGGAAUCCAAGGGCAAAAUGCGCACGAGGCCGGGCUCGCGAGGACAACACAGCGCUUCCGGUGGACAGCAGCAGCAAGUCCUCUCGCCGGGGAAACAGAAACAGGAGGAGGACCAAUUCCCGACAACCGGCGGCCCCUGGGCGGAGAGGAUCCGGUCGAUGGGCCGGCCGGAGAAACUCGGGCGGUUCAAACCCGACCGGCACGUGCCGCUCGGAAGCUACAAUCCGAAGCAACUGACCGGGCUACCGUAUUUGCCAGAGCCGGACCACGACCAAUUCCGCCCGGACUCCAAGGAAAGUAAGCGCAGCAGCAACCGGAGCGGCGGGAACGCAUCGGGCAGCGGGAGCGGCGAGGGAAAUAAUUUCACCGCGACCGCGUCGGGGUCAGGCGGGUUUUCGACGACCGAAGAGACGUCCGACCGGGUCGGCACCAGCUCCACGCUGCAAAACGUGACGGGGGGCAGUAGUCAGUGGCACCAAAAUUUCGGCGCUUCGUCCUCCCACGCGCGGUCGUUUUCCCCGACCGGGGGCCGGAUGAUUCGCGAGCGGUAUUUGCCGGCUCUGGAGCAGGCACGGCGGACAGGGAGUCGAAGUGCGUCGCCGAUCGGGUAUUCGCCAACGGACGACCAGUUGGGGAUGCGCGGCACCCACGCGUCCUUCGGGUCUUCCAACCAACCUUUGGUCCUGCAGUCCGCGCAGUCGACCAAGACCGGAUUUUUCAACCGGGAACAACGGCAGAACGGCAGGAACGCAUCGCGGUCCCCCUCCCCGAAACACCAGUUUUCAAAGACCUUUGCGAACGGUUUUGAUUUGUCCGGCGGGUCGCCGAAAAAGACCGUGAACUUCCACUCCAGUCCGAGCAAGCCCCCGGGCCGGUGGGCGAACGUGAACUUUGACAAGAAGCACGAGUCCUACCGCUCGUCGGGGACCAACAAUUCCUCAAAUCUGACGACCAACAAGACGAAUUACACGACCACUGGCAGAGACUGGCGCACCAGCACGGACGGCAGUUUCAGGGGCAACAAUCACGGAAAUACGAACUCCGGCAUGCAGACAACCACCAGCUCGCUGAAUCUGAAGAAGGAUAGCGCAUCUUCAAAUAACGCUGGUAUAACCACCACUUCUUUGCGGGGGCGAGGAACGGGAGCAAAUCGCGGUUCGGCGAAGAAGAGUUUCUAUCCGCAGGAAGGGGGCAUGCGGGUCACAUCUUCCUCACCCCUGCGGGAGAAUGGCUCGAUGAUGGGCAUGGCGCCGAUGGUGCUACCUAGGAGGUCCGCGAAAUGGAAGUGAGAUGAGCAAAAUAAUUUGAUGUUGAUGAACAAUUUGUAGAAUUCAUUGUUGCUGUCGAUACCGAUAGUACCAGGCGAGGCUAUUCUGCAUUGCGCCGGAUUUGCUCUGUUACGCUAUACCGAUUUUUGUACUUCCUUGUAUCAAAGAAACACUAAUUUACAAUUACACUACAAAAUUUGUUGGCAGACAACUUUUCACAUUUUGACUUUUGAUUCUGGGUUUUUUGUAUUUAUUGUUUCAGCGAGAUAUUGUCCUCAAUGAAAUGCAAUUGUAUCAAACUUUGACCAUAACUGUCACUGUGUUUAGACGAAAGCCAUGUUGAUGUCAUUGUUUUUUGCAAGAAGAUAACGAAACCUGUUUUAUUCUCACGCGAGCGGUUCUUCCACCCUAUCAAAAUAAUCGUAGAAAGAUUUCAUUUCAUCAUCAGAAG